ACCUGCUACCUUCAGUUUCCUCACCCGGCGCUUUUGCUUUUCCUUCGUUGCCUCUGUUCGGUCACACGGCAUGCCUUCCUUCUCUUCUCUUCGCACUUCCUCUUCAGCUACCCGCCAAAUCGUAAUCCGACGGCCCCUCUUCCGUCUGUCUUCAACCGUACCAUCUUCUUCUAAUCAUUCCUCUUCCUCUUUACCCUUGCGGAUCAAUACGUGCAACUAUGGCUCUGAUCAGCAACACGUUGCGGCUUCUGGGUCCUUUUUAAAGUGGGUUUCGGCCAUUGCAUCAGGCUCGGCUCUUGGGAUUCUGUAUUGGUUUUCUCACCCCAAUUUCGAUUCUGAUUUCCUAAGGAGAUCAUUUUCUUAUGCGGACUGUUCGACGUCGAGUACCGAGAGCGAUGCUAAUGCCGGAUGGCGUAGAACACGCUCGUUGUUUAGAAAAUUAUGCUUGCCAGAAAGCACUGAUCAUUUUCUUUUUGGAGAUGCAUACAGAAGAAAGGUUUUCUUCAACUAUGAGAAGCGCAUUCGGUUGCGAAGUCCUCCGGAAAAGGUCUUUGAGUACUUUGCGUCUUAUCGCACACCAGAAGGAGAGUUACUCAUGAAACCAUCUGACCUGAUGCGGGCCGUUGUGCCUGUCUUCCCUCCUUCUGAAUCCAAACUUGUAAGAGAUGGAUACUUGAGAGGAGAAAGAAGUCCUGGCCAGUUGCGCUGUCCUCCUUCGGAUUUUUUUAUGCUGUUUGAUGUAAACAAUGACGGGCUUAUAUCUUUUAAGGAGUAUAUCUUUUUCGUAACCCUACUCAGCAUCCCAGAAUCAAGCUUCUCAGUGGCUUUUAAAAUGUUUGACGCAGAUAAUAAUGGGGAGAUAGAUAAGGAAGAAUUCAAGAAAGUGAUGGCAUUGAUGCGAUCUCAUAAUAGGCAAGGUGCUCACCACAAGGAUGGGUGGCGAACUGGCCUCAAGGUCAACGAUUCUGUAGAAAAUGGUGGGUUGGUGGAAUACUUCUUUGGCAAAGAUGGAAAGGACCGUCUCCAACACGAUAGAUUCAUACAAUUUAUGAGAGAAUUGCACAAUGAAAUUAUAAGGCUCGAGUUUGCUCAUUAUGACUACAAAUCACGGAAAACCAUAUCAGCCAAGGACUUUGCGCUCUCCAUGGUUGCUUCUGCUGACAUGAAUCAUCUAGGCAGGUUGCUUGACCGGGUUGAAGAAUUAAGUGAUGACCCAUGUUUUAGAGAAGAACGAAUUACGUUUGAGGAGUUCAAAAGUUUUGCAGAGCUUAGGAAAAAAUUGUUACCAUUUUCAUUGGCCCUCUUCAGUUUUGGGAAAGCAAAUGGUCUGCUCACAAGAGAUGAUUUUCGACGAGCUGCAUCACAUGUUUGCGGCAUAUCUCUGUCGGACAAAGUGGUUGACAUUGUUUUCCGUUUGUUUGAUACUAAUCGGGAUGGGAACCUGAGUUGUGAGGAGUUUUUGAGAGUCUUGCACAAGCGAGAAAGAGACGUCGCUCAACCCUUGGAGGCUGGAGUACUGGGUUUCUUAUCUUGCUGCCGGCACUGUGCAGAUAACUUGUCACUUUCUCGUCUGCUUUCCUGAUGCCGCCUUGGUUUGUAUCUACCCUCAACCUCAAGCCAGUAGACGUUCGAUUUAUGACAGCCUUGUGUCUAAGUAUAUUGUAAAAUCAAUGUUUGUCACUUGGCUGGUCGCCCCAGAAUCUGCCAGACUGCUGUUGCUAACGCUUUUCCUGUCUGAUAUCUCUACCUUUUCACCCUGUAAAUACUGCUACUCCGGUUUUAGAUAUAAAACCCGUUUUAUAAUGUACAUCACACUGUAAAAUAGGUCUAUAGUGGAGGACUAACUUGUAACUUCUUAAGAAGUGCAGACUUGCAGUUAGCUCCCAUCCCAAUUUAGGUGCAUUCCUCUCUCCCUCUUGCAAGGGAAUUAUCCUUUUUAUUCCUAUAUUAUUCUUGUUUUACUAAAUAUGCAAAUAAAAUAGCAUUAUCAUUUUAUUUGUAUUUUAAUUCUCUUUA